AUGGUGUUUGACCAAUUUCCAUCUGAAUUCAAACAACUUCGUAUAAUUGAUGAUAAAUAUAGAUUUAUUCUUCCUGAUGAUGCUAAAAUUUGGGUUGAAAAUAGGUGGGAGUUCUUUACGGAUGACUUAACAUCACUAAACCUAAAUAAAUUAAAGUAUAACAGAGGAGAUGAAAUAUUCUUUUUACAAAUUCGAAAUAUAUUCUUGAAGUAUAAAGAUAUCUCCAUAACUGAAAUUUCUAAGAAAACUUGGUUGAUAGAUACAAUUCAUCAAUUUUUAGAAGCUGCUGUGUGCGAUAUUCCUGGGCUGUCUGUUCAUUC